AUGCGUUGCGUUGCCGUAGGUCGCCUUACCUUGUUGCUGUUAUUGUUUUACAAGUUUGAACCACCUGGAGGAAGCUCCAGUGCUCAGAGGUUUAGCUUUUACCCACCACCAGGACCACCGUUUUUUCCUCUGUUCCCAUUUCCCCCGCCUCCACAACUGCCCCCGAUUCCAAUUCCUCUGCCCUUUCCUUUUCCAUAUGAUCCAAAUCAGGCCCUGACACCUAAUGAUCUUAUAGCGUUAAUCACUUCUAUUUUGAACCAACUCGGGAACUUGUUUGGGAAAUAAUUCUCUCACUACUAUGUCAGAAGUUAUAUAAGGUUAGUAAAAUCUCCAAAUAUCUUUCAAGCACUAUUAUACAUUUAAAAAAAAUUUUAUCUUAAGAGUUGAGUAGCCUCAGAUUGUGUACAGUUUAGCAAAUUAAUAAUAUGAUGAAAGUAGGUAUAAACAAGACCAAAUUAAUACAAAUGCUUUCUUCAAAGGAUGUAUUUUAAAAUCAGUUUAUUAAAACUACACAAAUAUUUUAGAAAAUACCAACCACUUUCUAAGUGGAGUAGUAUUUAGCCUUUGAAAGUGAUGAGAAUUUUCAAGCGCCCUCUUUAGCUACAAAAUAGUUAGCUUUUAAGAUAGUUAUGGUCUUUGGGAUAAAUUAUGCUAAUAAUUUCAACAAUGCUCGCCAAACCAGAUGUGGCCUUUACUUUCAAGUCACAAACCAUACCUGUAUUACUAUGGAUAACAUACUAUUAAGUAAAACUGCCCACUUAAAGUAAUAAAUCAUAAGAGCUUCAUAACCUUAGUAGGGAACACAAUAGAUAGAGAAUGGGUUUUGGAGCCAGGUCAACCAGGAUUCAAGUCCCAGCUCUGUCCUGCACUAAAUAAACCUUGGGAGACCCUUCCUGUAUAUCAUUUUCAUCUGUGAAAUGGGAAUAAUACUACCUAACUUCACAGUAUUGUUUUAAAGAUUAAGCGAUAAAAUUAGGUUCAACAAAUGGUAUCUAUUAUUACUAUUUAUUUUAUUAAAUGUCCCUAGAAAGCAAAAAUAGUACUCAUAUCCAAUAUAUAAGAAAAGCAAGUACACAGGGCAAUAUCAGCUACUGAUAUAGGAGUGGACAUUCCUCUAGAAAUGUCUUAAACUAAAAUUUUAAUCUGGUUUUUCUCUGUUAUAGAUGGUGCUGAUUACUUCAGUUAUCAGAAGAUUCUCUACUUCUAUCCUGUCUAUAAUUAAUAGAAGCAGUUUUAUCAUUUUGCAUACUGUGUAAAUGUUCCAGUGAAAACUCCAAAGUAUCACAAAGAAUUUAUCUAUAGACCAUGUGCUUUCGUCAUUCUUUAAAUAAAAUUUUAAAAUAACCUAAUAUCUUUACUAAUGUCAGUUUAAAUGUAUCAAAACCAUUAAAUAUAAGCAAAUGUCAUUCUUCAGGCAUUGCUCAAACUUUCUCAAGAGCUUCUGUAAGCCAUUCAAUCUUAGAGAAAUCUACUCAGUGCCAGAAAGCAGCAACUUCUUCCAGUCCAACAGUAAAAGUGCUAUCAGACUCUCAUGCUGGGAGAAGGCCACCCUACCCCUCGUUUAAUGAGCAUGUCAUCCUUGUCAAACACAAGUCCCCUGUUACAUACCCAGAGCCCAGGGUUUUAUGGAUUUUAGAAAAUUAGUAUCGUACAUAAACUUUGUGACUCUUCCAGAGGGGUUUGAGGCAGCAUCCUGAAAUCAAAUAUUCUAAUGUUUCUCAGCAAAACUGAGUCACAUUAAGGGGGAAAAGCUUCCUGUCAGUUCAGUUCAGGUUUACCACCAAAGUAGCUCUGACACUAAAUUGGGGGGACGAGGCAGGGGGGACCCUUUUGAUUUACCUUAGUGUUCAUUCUGUCCUCUAGCUACAGUGUAAGUCUAACAUCUUUUUCAAAUGUCUAAAGAAAAGACAGCAGACAUGUCUCUACCCCAGAGCCACCUUUCUUCAAAUGCCCCAUCUGUAGCCUAAGUGAAACAAAGAUGGAAUUAUGACAGUCCCUACUUCAGGUUGACAGGAGUUAAUGUCAUGGGACUUUCCCAAUGGGUAUCUUAGCCAGAAUGUGACACACAUGUCCACUGAGACAAGGCAGUGUUAUCUGCCUCCCUCUUCCAGGCUUCCAAGAGCACCUAGAACGCCAACUCUUUCCUUUCCUCUGGAAAUUAUAAUAUGUUAACAGUGAGUCUCAAAAACCUACCUGAAUCCUUACCAUUUCCUUCCUAACCAAAAACUCUAAGUCCCAAAGACCUUCCUCUGUCUCUGAUUUCAAUUCCUUUCUAACCAACUAUUUUAAUUCAUUGAUGACAUACACAGUUACAACACAGUAAAAUAAAUAUAUCAAUUUAAAUUACUAAUUUCCUGUACACAUUUUUUAAUUCAGAAUUUUUGAAAAUGAGAAACAUAAACUUUUAUUCAUUGAUCUUAAUCUUUAUUGACUAAAAGAGUGCUAAAAUUUCCUCAUAAAACUGAAGACUCCAAAGGCAAAAAUACAUAAGGUUUCCAUUUUUUAAAUCAGCUUCAACAAGAUCAUAUAAAGCAAAAUGUGAAACAAAUAAUUAAAAAAUAAAUCAGAUUAGACAAUUGUGGUGCUCCUCCUAAAGGAGCUUGAUUGGCAGAAACGGCCUUCAGACCACAGAAGAUCAAGGAGAACAACGAAAAACAACUGAUAAACAAGAGCCAGAUGGAAAGCAGAAGUUACAGCUGAUCAGAAAUUUACCUUUACUCAAGACUACGAUUCUUCAAAGAACAUCAAAGUUGUUUAAAUUUGUUUUAAGGCAUGCUUACAUAGAAUACAUACAAAACAUGACUUUAUAUUCUCUUAGAUGGAAAGCAGAAAAUUCUGUGUUGCACUUCACCACAUUUAGUAAUUUUAUUCUGAUGUAAAAAUUUCUAAGUGAAAAUCAUUUUGAAA